AUGGUAUCGCCUCCUUUCCCACCUAAGAAGCGUAGAGCCAGGCCAUCGUUCGGAAGUGUGGCGAGUUCUAGCAAAGACUCUGCAGUUCUCUUUUGUCAAUUCCUUCUGAGCUUGAAACUGUGUUUAAGCGGGCCAAGCGAAGCGGAUGCUGACUCACUGCUCCUAACACUAGAAAAUCCAAAUGUGCUAACUGCAUCACAGAGCAAAGCUUUUUGCCUCUUGGCUGAAAAGAUAGUGCCACCUCUAGCAGCUAUUACUAUGGGUAUUCCUACAAGACUCUCUUUUAAAGAUUAUGUUUUGAAUGAUCAUCCGAAGGUUCGUGGUCCUUAUAUUAGUAAGCGCAUGCGCAUGUUACAAGAAAACGGGAGCGAGGGCAGACCCGAGGGUUUGCUCAGCUCAUCCAUUGAUACUAGGCAGUAUAGCAGUGCUCGCAUGUUAGCCACCACAUCUGAACCUGUAUUUCCGGGUGAACCAGUUGGAGCUGCUAUUAGCGUUGGCCAGGAUAUGCCAACAGCAGCACUAACUUUGCCUCCAGUAGACUGUUGUCCUAAAUGUUCUGCAAUGAUGAUGCUGUGCACUUCAGAACAUAUGCACGCCUUUAUAAUAAUCUAUUCUGCUUUCAGCUCUCUUGGUGGUAAUUUUGAUUCAUGUACUCAAAAAGGCAUUUACGUGUUCAAGUUGCAUAGCCAAAUCUACCACUUCAUACCUAACUUAUUGCCUACUGACCAUAACCCACAAUACUUACAACUCUAUUUCUAUGAUGCUCAACAUGAAUCAGAAAACCGUUUGAAUUUGUUUCCUGAAUUGAGGCCUGAUGUGAUAGCUAUUCUGAUGAAAAUCAUGCAACAAAACCCCUAUGCAAAAUUUUUUAGAUCUCUCCGUGAGCUUUAUGUUGUUGAGGAUACAGAAAUACGCUUAAACAAAGACCCAGUGCUUUACCAGCGUGUUUACAAUGCUCCAACUGCUGAAGAGGUUGCCGUAAUAUGGGCUGAGGAUUCUGCAACCAGUUCGACUGGUGGGCCUCAUAUUAUUGUACACGGCAAGGCUGAACGCGAGCAUAGGAUCAUGCACUACUAUGGGUGUUACGAUCCAUUACAGUAUCCUCUCCUACGGCCCUACGGUGAUUGUGGUUGGCACCACGGUCUUAAAAAAACGAGCAACGGUGGUCGUAAGCAACGUGCCCUUGCUCAGCAGAAAAUGGCCACUGCAUUAGGCGGGGAUGUGCAUAGCUUCUUAUCCGCUGAGGCUUCUGUUGCGGCACAGUUGAAAACAGCUAGAACUCAAAUUUCGUGCAGGGCAUACUAUGCAUAUGUCCUGCAAAUGCGACCUAGGAACUACAUUUUGCGAGCGUGCCGUCUGUUUCAACAAUUCAUUGUUGAUAUGUAUGUGAAGCUUGAAAACACGCGUCUAGAUUUCUUUAGGCAAAAUCAGGCAACAAUCCGGGCAGAGUUGUAUCAAGGCAUCUUGGAUUGCUUUGAAGGGGGCGAGAAGAGUGGAGCAAAUGUGGGCCAUAGGGUUAUCCUUCCGCCUAGCUUUCUUGGUGGACCUCGUGACAUGAAGCGCCGUUACUUAAAUGCACUGAGCCUGGUGCAACGCUAUGGUAAGCCUGACCUUUUUAUUACCAUGACGUGUAAUCCAAACUGGCCUGAAAUCAAGGAACACCUUGCUCCAGGUGAGCUUGCUCAGCAUCGACCAGAUAUAGUCGCCCGUGUUUUCCGUGCAAAAUUGCUUCAAUUGAAAAAAAAAGUUGUAGAAGAAAGUGCAUUGGGUGAGGUUGCAGCGUAUACGUAUGUUGUAGAAUUUCAAAAACGCGGUUUGCCGCAUGCGCAUAUGUUGCUAAUCAUGAAACCAUCUUACAAAAUAAAAGAAUCUAAUGCAUUUGACAAGUUUAUAAGUGCUGAAAUUCCUGAUGAGAGCAAUCCCCACUUGCGAAUAAUUGUUUUAAGCCACAUGAUGCAUGGACCAUGUGGGAAAGCUAACCCCGAAUGCCCUUGUAUGAAACACAAGAGUAGCCCAGGAACAUGCAAGUAUGGGUAUCCAAAGACAUUUCAAGAAGAAACAAGUACACAUGAAAACGGUUUCCCCCUUUACAAACGGAUAAAUGAUGGUCAAAAGCCUAUCAUUCGCAAGUUUGCCAUGGAUAAUAGAUGGGUUAUACCAUAUAAUCCGUACCUCUCUGCCCUCUUCGAUUGUCAUUUAAAUGUCGAAGUUUGUUCAACAAUCCAAGCAGUGAAGUACAUAUACAAGUAUGUUUAUAAAGGCCACGACAAAAUAUCAUUCGCUGUGUCUAAACAGAAAGAUCCAAAACCAGUUGAUGAAAUUACACAAUUUCAAACUGGCCGGUGGGUUUCGCCAUGUGAAGCUGCAUGGCGAAUUUUUUCAUUUGACCUAUUUGAAAUGUAUCCUCCUGUGCUUCCUCUUCAAGUCCAUUUGCCAAAUGCACAAACAAUCCAGUUCAAGCCUGCUGAACAACUUGCUCGUAUUGUGGCAAAUGAUGUGAGAUCUCGGACCUCGCUCACUGAGUUUUUCAAAAUGAAUGCAACUACAGAUGGUGCAUCACAAUUUCUAUACUCAGAAUUCCCAGAACAUUAUGUGUGGACUGCUUCUACAAAGACAUGGAGUAAGAGAGUGCACAAAAGAUUUGUUGUUGGCCGUUUGAUAUUUGUUGUUCCAUCAGAGGGUGAGCGGUACUUCCUACGCCUUCUUCUUGCUCAUGUACGUGGACCUACAUCAUUUGAUGAUCUGCGAACUGUCAAUGGCUACUUAUGUGCAACGUUCCAAGAAGCAGCAUUGAAAUUAGGGCUGCUUGAAGAAGAUGAUUCCAUUGUAAAAUGCAUGGAAGAAGCAUCUGGUGUUGAAAGGCCUAGCGCAUUGCGGCGUUUGUUCAUGACAAUCUUAAUCUUUUGUAAGCCUACCAACCCUCGAGCCUUGUGGGACCAGUUCUAUGAAAACCUUUCUGAAGACUUUGCACGCAAGUUCCUAAAGAAAAAGCAAAGGUUGCACAGCUCACUAUAA